AUGGAUUGUUCAUUGACUGAAUUAAUUCAUUGUUACAAGGCAACGAAGCAAAGACCUCCCAAUGUGGAUGCCUUGAUUCAAAUGAACCUUCCUCCUGGGCGUGGUUCGAAAAAGACCAAGGCAACACAGAGAAGGAAAGGUGCUACAAAUUAAAAAAAAAAGGAAUUUGAGGAGAGUUAUACUGACACCUCUCCAACUGACCAUUCAGCAUCGAAUCCGGUGUCGACUUAAGUAAGAUCUCCAGGAAACAGAGGCACAAAGAGAGAAGCAGAGAAGACAACAACCAAAAAAGAUACAGAAGGACCUCAGGUAUGUACAUAUUGUGAGAAUCAUUCACAGUUAAUGUAGUGUGUAACGCGUGAUUCUUUUACCUCGGUUUUAAAUCGGUGUAAGGUUUCAAAUUUUUUGUGCGAUUAUGCGGCCAACCGUUCGAUUUUUUAGAUAGACUAUUAUCGUGGUAAAGUCCCGCUAUAAAUUAGCUCUAUCUAAGUCGUUCUAUUUCACUGACUUGUGAGCUAAUUGGGUUCAACGAAAUAAACAAAACUCUAUCAAAUAAAGCUUUUGGUAAUAUUGCGCGGCGAGUUGAAAAAAAAAAGUACUCCUAAUCAGAGAACCUUUCAUUUGUAGAAAUGACCUGCGAGACGUGAGGUUUAUUAAGAUGUAGCAUCUGGCGAGACUGUCGGCUCGUUGUAAAUCAUACUGGUUCCCAUGAAGCCACCGACUAAUCUUGGCUGUUGACUAGAACGCCACUUUCAUUCAUAUGUUUCAUUCUAUCUGCAGAAUAAAAGCCCUAAGACAUCAACGUCGACAGUUCAAGAAGGUAGUUCCAGUUGAGCCUCCUUAAAAGGUGCAGCCCUCUAGUGAGAAGGUGUUACGGGUGUAAGGGUGUCUUGAAACUGAGACGUGGUGAAGGCUUUUUUAUUCCCAACCUACCAGAAGAUCUCGUCAUAAUAUCAAGCUCAAGACCGGACUACUGGCAGAAUGGAGAGCAAAAGACUGGACAAUUAGGAAACGUAUACUUUCAUUGCAAGGUUGAGUGCGUCCCAAAACUGCAGCCCCAAUUUAUUUCCUCCUCGGUGAUAAUUCCGGAGGCCGUUAAGCGUGAAUUAUUCGAGGCUCAUCGAAAUCAUAUACAGAAAGAGCUAGCUCUCUAG